AUGUAUAGGCCUUUUGACCUCCGAAUGAUAAUCAUGAUCGUCAUUGGUGGUGGCAUCCUGGCAGCCAUGCUUAUUCUGAUAGGAGUUGUCUUCUGUCUCUACUCCAAAGUAGCCAAAGCCCUGAGUUCACCUCGAGCUGCAAAGGAAGCGCAUGCUGCUGAAAACUCUAAUGAUCCGUGCAAGGUCUCCCAUGAGAAGAUGAUUUCAUCCAAAUCCAUCCCUGAUGAGUCUUGCUGUGCCCUCCAGUGCUGUGAUGCAUGCAGUGUCUAUGCAGAUGUUGGCUCCCUGCCACCUUGCUUUUGCAGCGUAAGUGAAGGACUCUGA